AUGCCCCCGCGCUGGUAUGACCCCACGCUAUUACUAAUCGUGUCCACUCCCACCCCACCCCGGCUGGCCCGAUCCACUCCCACCCCACCACUCUCUCUCUCUCUCUCAUCCCAAAAAAAACCUCUCUCAGGAACUCACGAUCUCCUCACGAUCCAGCCCAGCUCCUCUCCCCACGAUCUCCUCGCCACCGCCCCCACCCACGCCGUCCGGUUCCGGCAAGCACCGGCCGCGCGCAACGCUCCCCCAAGCGCGCCCCUCCCUCCCCCACACCCUGAUCCAGCAAUAUCCCUUCCUCCUCUCAUCGACCGCUUCAGCUUCGAUGACGACGGCGCCGCUAUCCGCGUCCUCUCCGACGCCGACCCGGCCGCGCCGCGGCAGCAGCAGCCCACGGGCGCCAACAUCCGUCGCGCGCUCGCGCGCUUCGUCGCCGACGCGCGUCCCGAGGACUCCCUCUUCUUCCACUACAGCGGCCACGGCACGCGCCUGCCCGCCGAGACCGGCCGGGACGAUGACACCGGCUACGACGAGUGCAUCGUCCCCUCCGACAUGAACCUCAUCACAGCGGAGGAGGCAUACCGAUGGCAGGUUGUAGCAAAUCAGGAGGCCGCCGCCGUCGGGGGACGCUGCCGAGUGGAGAAACUACGUGGACGGUGGACGCUGCCGAGUGGAAAAACUACAGCGGACUGCGUCAUGAUGUUGUCAACGGUGUGGCAGAGACAGAAGGUGUAACCAAAUAUGAUGCAGGUGAAGCUGCUGCAGAUCAGAAAGAGCAAAAAGGUUCAACAACCAUGAAAUCCUAGCUGAGGACGUGCGAGACUGGGAUAUAGCCAGUGACCGGGGGCAAGGGCAGCGUGCGCAGGGUGAUCGACAAGGACUACUGUGGCCCGAUGGGAGUCGUGCUCUUCAACUACUCGGAGGCAGACUUCACCGUGAAGCCCCGCGACCGCGUCAUACAGAUUAUCGUCCAGGUGAUUGCAACGCAGGAGGUCCCCGGGUUGGAGGACCUCGACGCCACCGUCCGGACGUCACCGAGGUGGAGGACGACGCCACCGUCCGGAGUUCCUCAAGGUGGAGGACCUCGACGCUUUGUACAUACAUCUAGAGAAGUGGUCUGGUUAGGUUGGUGGUGAAACGCUAGGGAAGGUACCAACCUUUUGAUGAUGGUUGUGUGUGUCCUCGUAAUCUCUUCGAGUUGAGAUGUUGAAUGAUGCAUCCAUGAACACUACAAGUGUUAAGAUGGUUCUAUGAAAUUUAUUUUGCA